GGAUGCUGUGGGUGGUUGGUGGCGGCGGUGGCGGCGGCGGGGGGCGAGGCUACAACAACAGUCCCAGUCUUGCGACAUCCUCUCUCUCGAGAGAGAGAGAGCACACGCGCGUUUCGGACCGGAAUCAGCGGGACAAAGCAGGGAAAGCAUGGCUGUUUAGAACUUUGAACCUGCCAUGCAGCUUAACUUUACAACGUGGUGCGCUGUUUUUGAGAGGUGAACGACGUCCGAUUGGCAACAUGUGUCAUCCGAAAUAUUAGGCAGCUCUCCCGGAGUGUCGAGUCCCCCAACUCUUAUUCCCCCCUCUCAGUGAUGGAAUGAAGACGAAGCCUAUCAUGGAUGAUAAAUCCAGCAAGCUCAUCCUGGUUCCUAUCCUGGCUGUGCUUUUUGUCACGAUAGGUUACCAGUACAUAUGUCCCGCCGGCAGUCAUUCGUGUCCGCUGAAAAACGGAGAUGCGCCGCGGGGAGUGAGCCUGCUCUCCGCCGGCUAUCAGGACGGGGACGAUUUCGCGGACCAGGACUUGGAGGACGACAGCCCUGCCAAGCUCCCGUCCCAGUUCAACUUCACGCAACGAGACCUGGACCGACGCGUGGAGUUCAACAUGAAAGGGGACGACGUCAUCGUGUUCCUGCACAUCCAGAAGACCGGCGGCACCACGUUCGGCCGGCACCUGGUGAGGAAUAUCCGCCUGGAGCAGCCGUGCGACUGCAAGGCCGGCCAGAAGAAGUGCACCUGCCACCGGCCGGGCAAGGACGAGUCGUGGCUCUUCUCUCGCUUCUCGACGGGAUGGAGCUGCGGGCUGCACGCCGACUGGACCGAGCUGACUAACUGCGUGCCUGUCAUCAUGGAUAAGAAGGAGGUCCAGAGGAAUAAAAGGAACUUCUACUACAUCACCAUGCUGCGUGACCCGGUGUCCCGUUACCUGAGCGAGUGGAAGCACGUCCAGCGCGGCGCCACCUGGAAGACGGCCUUGCAUAUGUGUGAUGGGCGUUCGCCCACCCAAGACGAGCUGCCCACCUGCUACAACGGCGAGGACUGGUCGGGCGUCACCCUUUCCGACUUCAUGCGCUGCCCCUCCAACCUGGCCAACAACCGGCAAGUGCGCAUGUUGUCCGACCUGAGCCUGGUGGGCUGCUACAACCUGUCGUCCAUGAACGAGAGCCAGCGCGACCACAUCCUGCUGAGCAGCGCCAUGAGCAACCUGAAGAACAUGGCCUUCUACGGCCUGACCGAGUUCCAACGCAAGACGCAGUACCUGUUCGAGCGGACGUUCAGCCUGCGCUUCAUCUCGGCCUUCACGCAGAUCAACAGCACGCGCGCCGCCAACGUGGACCUGAGCGAGGCCGUGCGACGACGCAUCGAGGAGCUCAACUUCCUGGACGUGCAGCUGUACGACUACGCCAAGGAUCUGUUCCUUCAGCGUUUCCAGUUCACCCGGCAGAGGGAGCGCCGAGAGGUGCGCUUGAAGAGACGCGAGGAGCGCCGUUGGAUACGCGAGCGGCAGCAAGCCGGGCCGUGGCCGUCCAAACGCAAAGCGCAAGCUCCGAAAAGCCUGGAGAAGGACCACAAUGACUUUGCCAGCACCACUGAGGACUACACAAGCCAAGUGGCUCGCUGGUGAUGCCAUUCAUUUAAAUCACUGUCAUUAUACACUACUCACAAAAAAAUUGGGAUAUUUGGUUGGGUGAAGUUUUAGAAUGAAUCGAAAAUGCACUUUUAAAGUUCGACGUCGGUCUACGUUCACCUCUAAAGGUUUCAGUACAUUUUAGGGUUAAUCUAAAAUGUCACCCCAACAUCCCAAAGCAUUUGUGAGUCGUGUAUAUUGUCAUCAUAUCAUCAUUAAUGUGUCGCUCAGCUUUUCAGUGUGCACUCGUCUUUCUUUCGAACAAUGGUUCUCAAACUGGGGUCUGGAGUUAGGGGGUCCACAAAUAACUUGCCCUAAAUUAUUCUCAGUUAUAAAAAGUGCAUAUUUACUAUACAAAUGAGAACGAACUGAUGUGACAGUAAAACAAACUAACAAGCCAAUGUUGAGCCACUAAAUCUCUACAUUAAUAAAGUCACAUUUAUUUGAACAAAAGGAAUAUUAUGAUCCAAUUUUUUAUUAUUUGAUCGCCAUGAGGAUCACGAUGGUGUUCAAUUGCCCCCAUGUAAGAAGUCCCGAACCAAAAUUAUUUGAGAACCCCCACUUUACAAAUAUGGACACUGCCUCCAGGUGCCCUUUUUGGUGUCUUAAAACUCUUCAAAUGCUGUGUUUUUAAUCAUGUCAUCGCUGCCUUGGUUCUUUUUCAAAUGCAGCUCUUGCCAGAAAAAAAAAAACAAUCAGAAGCUGCUUUAUUAAAAAAUUACAUUAAAAAAAAAAAGAUGAAUGUCAUCAAAAUCACAUACACAUUUUUUAAAAAGUAGUCGUAGACGGUUGCAUGCCACAUUCACACUCGCACAAGUAGUCUGUGAAGAAGAAUGAGCUUUUGUUGUUAUUAUUUGAGCUCAAUGAAAAGCUUUCCCUUGAGGGCCACUUUUGGUGCAUGAGGACUGAUUAUAUUUUUGAGUUGCAAUGUUCUCUCUUAUUUUCACAAGUGCAAUAGCUUGCUCAACAAAACUCUCAAUGUUGUUGGCAUACAGUGGAACCUUUUAAGUUGAAAACAUUCCAAUAGCCUUUAAAGUUGCUCUGAUUUAAAAAAAAAAAAAUUUUUUAAAAAAAAUCUAAGUUUGCAGUGUUAAAAUUGCGGGCAACCCCAUUAAUCAAUAGUGAUUCCAUAAAUAAUGAAGAAUUUCGAGUGAAAUAUAAUGACAUUUUACAAAAAUUAAGAAUUUAAGUUUUUUCACUUUUUUUCUUCAUUUAAGUGUCCAUUGUGCUUAUUUAUUUGUAUAGCCCUAAAUCACAAGCAGCUCCCUCGUGGGUGCACUUUAGUCCAAACGUACAAAUAGGCUACACAUGGAAACGGUGACUCCUCAUUUGCCUAAGCCGCAGCAGUAUUAAACGUUCAUUUCAUAGGAUACUGAAUAUGCUUUUGAGUAUUUGUCUACAUGUGUUGCUCCACCGUUUUGUGUUCAAAUUUCCGUUGCUUGAAGACACUGAUGCUAUUCGUUAGCUCGUCUGUGAGAUUUUGCAUGCAUUGUGUAUUAGCAUUAAGCCAAACAUACAUGACUAAGGCAAAGCGAUUACUUUUAAAUACACAAUGUGCAGUUUUCUGGUUUUUGUUUUGUUUGACAGUGGGUGUGGCAAUAAAUAGCUUGAAGAUUUUUGUUGUUGUUGUUCACCCGCUGCCAAACUGCUGCUAGUUAGAAAGUGAGUUGACGUAUUAAGCCAUAUUGUACAAAGUCGCAAUAAGCUCCAUUUCCUGCGCCAUGGUCGUGAUUUGUCAUCCCGCUUUUUCAUCUUUGCCAUCAGUGGUAAUCUUUUGUAUAAACAGAAAAAAAAGCCAAAGAUUGACGAACCACCUUUACCCAGUUGACUCUUUAGCUAAGCUAAAAUCGUUUCAUUUUUGCACUUUUUGUCUGGAGUCAAAUUCCAACGCGUUCCACUUUGGAGGUUCCACUGUAUUUAAGAUGAGACAUGGAAUAAAAGUGAAUAAGUUGUUGCUUAAGAAACAUAUAUGAAAUGGUCCUGCAUCCUAGGAAGUAUACAAAUGUCAAGUUUUGCCGUUAUCGACACAUGAACACACAUGAAGAUGAAACGGGAGUUUGUGUUUAAUCUUGUGUGCUUUUAUGCUUAUCUUGUAUCCCCUGAAAGGCCCGCCAACACACACACACAAAUGCUAUCACAUCCUUAUCAGCAUAACCACAUUGUCUCUUUUUUUAAAAAAAUGUUAUUACCAUUCUGAAAUACCUAAAUGCCUUGUGUUGCCCAUCCAUAAGAUCAUUUCCAUUCAUUCAUUCACAACAGCAGUCAAUUUCAUAGUUGAUGCAUCAGCCUGGUCCAAAACAGACUCAUUCUGACGACGACCUUCCACUUUAGAGAUGCCAUCUUUAAAAAUCACAUUCAUGAAUAUUUCAUUUCCUAGUCGAUGGUGUUGGUUUUGCGGUUGAAAUAAAGCUUUGGCUGCUGUGGAACAAGCAGCAGGAGUGAGAGGACAACAGAUGGGAGCACAGUUAUGUGCUAUAGUCAGUACACUGGACCACUUGCCGUACGCUACAUGGACUGCUUACGUAAGGAGACCCUAAUGAGAUUCUCAAACUGAUGUUAUUAUUUUGGAUGGAGUUGCAAUGGGGCAAUAAUGGUGUGAUGGUUAGUUAUUACAUUAUGUCAAAGCCUAUAAGUGUGUGUGACACAUGUCAAUUACAUGAACAGUGCAUAAAAAAAAAGAAAGUCUGCACACCCCAUUGUUCAAAUGCCAGGUUUUUGUAUUGUAAAAUACGCAGAGCAAGAUGAGUCAAUUCAAAACUUAAUGUGCUCUAUGACUUGUACAACUCAAUCAAAAAUAAUAGUAAAAAUACAACUAGACUGAGAUGUGGUUGCAAAAGUGUGCACACCAUUAUUAAUGGGAAUGAUGCUUUUUUCAGAAUUAACCAAAUACAUGAAUUCAUAUCAAAUUUAGAGCGACUGAUUAACCCCAAAUAAAGUUCAAAUGUUCUAUUAGGCGUGUCUUCACUGUGUUCCAUGCUAUUGUAUAUAUGUUUUUGUACCCUUCUCAUGACUGAUACCUUUGAACAAUGAAAUCCCUCUGAUGCUGAGGAAGCUUUCUGCAGAGCAUGAUGUGUGCUGUAAAGUGUGGCUGCCAAAAUGUCAGGAAACAUCUACUAGAACAUCUGAACUUUAUUGGGAGUUAAUUAGAAGUGCUUGAAAUGGUGUCUGUGUGCGGAUCCAAUCUUUGAUUGGUUUGUUCGGAACACAGCCAGGUAUGAGUUUGUGCACGUUUGUGCAACCACAGGAUCACAGUUGUUUUUUAUUUACCUACUGGAAAAUAAAAUUAUUUCAUGUCAAUUGUGUUGUGCAGGUUAUGGGUUACAUUAAGGUUGGAGUAUGUACGUAUGAAUGUAUGUAUGUACAGUUGUACACUAUGCGUGUAUGGCCUUUUGAAUUUAUUUCAAACGUUGCUCAAGAACGGCUUGGCUGCCUCAUGGAAAAUGUCUCGCCAACAGGACAUCGGGUUGGGAGGGAAAUAAAGAGGGUACGUUUUCUUGUGUAACAAUUUCUGUACAUGUUCAAGUGUCUCGUGAUGAAAUGAAUUGCCUUUUUGGGGCGUGUGACAUUUAAUCUGCCAUUUUUCUUGUCAGACCUGGAAAAAUAAAAACUUAGCAGUAGAAAUAAAUGCAUUGAAUGACAA